AUGGCCUACGAUCGCCACAUGAACCUCGUCCUUGGGGGACUGCGAGGAGUUCCGCAAGCUGCCACCCAAAAGGGCUCCAAGGCGCCGGGAGGACGCGAGGAGCGCCGGACAUUAGGGCUACUUAUUCUCCGCGGGGAGGAGGUAGUUAGUCUUACCGUCGAAGGCCCGCCGCCGCAGGAUGAGAACCGUGGUAGAGCCGCCGGCGCAGCGGCAGGGGGACCCGGUGUUGGGCGCGCGGCAGGGCGCGGAGUUCCGACGGUUCCGCUCGGUCAAGCGCAGCCCGGCUUGGCGGGGCCCGCGCGUGGAGUGGGGGGACCGGCGCCGUCGUUGAUGCAGCCGCGCCCGCAAGUUGCGGCUCCGCCGAUCUCGUACCAGGCUCCUGGAGGCGCGGCUGGCGCUGCUCCUGGCCGUCCGCCUCCCGUCUCGUUCCCCCCGCCCGCGGGUUUCCCUGGGGGAGCUCCGCCGCGGCCGGGGAUGCCCCCCCCGCCAGGCGGAAUGCGCCCGCCCGGGAUGGGCCCUCCCCCGUCCAUGUACCCCCAGGGUCCCCCGCGCCCGGGCAUGCCUCCCCCGCCCGCCGGUUACGGUCCCCCUGGCGGUCCGCCUCCGCAAUUCCCCCCGCGCGGCCCUCCGCCAGGCGGUGCGCCGCCGAUGCACAGCAUGGCAUCUGCGGCAGCACGCAGUACAGUCACGGAAGUGGAGCUGAUUCCAGAGUUUCUCGCCACGGGCGUGCUUCCCACCCUUCCACCCCCUCCCUUCCACCCCCUCCCUUCCACCCCCUCCUUUCCAACCCCUCCCUUCCACCCCCUCCCUUCCACCCCCUCCCUUCCACCCCCUCCCUUCCACCCCCUCCCUUCCACCCCCUCCCUUCCACCCCCUCCUUUCCAACCCCUCCCUUCCACCCCCUCCCUUCCAACCCCUCCCUUCCACCCCCUCCCUUCCACCCCCUCACGCCAGCAGGGCAAAUGCAGCGGAAGCAUGGCAUCGGGUGCACGGCACAGCAGCACAGAGGUAGAGCUCACUCCCGAGGUUCUCGCCACGGGCGUGCUUCCCACGCUGCCUCGCCUUGAUCCCGCCGUUGCCAGAGCGCUUGACCGAUCCCUCUCGUUCCCUUUCCUCUCAUUCCCUCUCAUUCCCUUCCAUUCACUCCCAUUUUCUCUCAUUCCCCACCCCAUAAUCCUUUCCUCCCUCACCUUCCAAUUCCUCUCGUCCCCUCUCCCCAGAGAAUUUCGGCAGCAAGGAGCAGUGGCAGGCGGCAUCGAGUCGAGUGAAGGCGGACGAGCCGCCUCUCCUGAUGUUGCCUCAUGUCCCCCUUCCCCCUCUCUCCCCCCUCCAGAGCAACUCGGCAGCAAGGAGCAGUGGCAGGCGGCAUCGAGUCGAGUGAAGGCGGAGGUGCCGCUUCUCUCUUGUGAAAUACUUUCCACUCCUUUUUGUCCACACUCUCCUUUGCCUCCCCUCCGGACUCCAGAGAAAUUCGGAACAAAGGAGCAGCUGGAGGCAGCAUUAAGCAGAGUGAAGUUCGAGGCUGCAUUGAGUCGAGUGAAGGCGGAGGAGCCACCUCUCUUUGUGAAGCAGCUGUUCCGCAUACGAGGGGACCUCGAUGUUCCUCUGGACGACCCUGAUAUUGCACGCUACCUUACCAAGCUCUCAUAG